AUCCAUAAAAGCUAUAUUUUUUACUACAGAACGAGCCAAGCUGGAACGCCGAUAAUGCCACAAAACUGUGUUGCAUUGCCAUCUCCAGAUUUGGCAGAGUUGAUUUCUGGAAUCGAUACAAUUAGUCUCUCAUCUGAAAUAUCUGACUCGGCAAAUACGAAUCUAGAAGUUGGACAAGAAGCAGUGCCAGUUACAAUUCAUCCACUCAGCCCAAACAGUGAGAAAUUACAAAGUUUUGCAAGUAAUGUUAAGGGCCAACAAUCCGUUGUUACUAGCUCACCUAUAAAUACGAAUGUCUGGGCGGAUUCUCCAAAUUAUGUAGUUGCUCAACAUGGUGCUCGUCUUUCCACCCAAGAUCUAGAAAGAUUACGAACAUUAAUAACGGAAUUCUGUUUGCGAAGUUUGUUGCCUUAUGUAGAAAAACAGAUUGGUUUAUUGAACGACGUGAUUUCAACUAAGAGAGUCAGUAGAUCGCUGUUCAGUGCUACGAAAAGAUGGUUUAGUACAAAUAAGCCUGGUGCACCAGGUUCGGCCCCAUCAAAUGCUGUAAUUUAUACGGCAGAAUCACCAGAGUUACAAUUACGACGUCUAGGCGAUUUGUGUUUCAUGUUCGGUCAUUAUUCGCUCGCUUAUCAAGCUUAUCACAGCGCGAAGCGUGAUUUCGCGGCCGAUCAGGCAUGGGUGUAUUACGCGGGCGCUCUUGAAAUGGCCGCUUUAAGCGCCUUCAUGCAAGGCGAGACGAACAGGAAAACUAUCGAAUACAUGGACGAUGCGAUAUUGACUUAUGCGAAUAGUUGUAAAAUGCCUCAAUUUGCGACAAGGGCGACACUGCUCAGUGCCGAAUGUUUGAAGGGUCGGGGGUUGUACGGAGAAGCUGCGAAGCAACUAAUACGAAUGACCAGCGAGGAUUCCGAUUUACGCUCGGCUUUGCUGCUCGAACAGGCCGCUUAUUGCUUUAUCGGUCCAAAAAUGAUGCGUAAAUACGCCUUCCACGCGGUCCUGGCUGGACAUAGAUUUUCGAAGGCUGGUCAAAGAAAACACUCGUUGAGAUGUUAUCAACAAGCUUAUCAGGUAUAUUAUGAAAGGGGCUGGUCUUUGGCUGAAGAUCACAUCCAUUUCACGAUCGGCAGGCAAGCUGCAUCUUUGAAACAAAUCUCCGAGGCGGUGAAGGCGUUUGAAAAAUUACUUAAUGCUUCUAGUAAACAACAUGCUCCACAACAGGCUGCGUUUUUGCGAGAAUUUUUACAUACUCAUAAUUUGUUGUUUCAGGAGAAUAACACGAGUUGUACAGGACUUCCUAUUUUACCUUUACCAUUGUUAGAUAAUGACAAUAUCAAAGUGCUGUAUGGUCCGUUGGGCAAACAAACCGAAAACAAUAUCCCAGCGAGCCACGUCACGUUCAGUAUGGAAGAAACAAAUGACGCGAAAUGGUCGAAAAUGGAGGAAUUGUUAAUAACCGAGGCACAAGGUUCUCCGCCUAUGAUAUUUAAGCCGACAGUCGUACUGUAUUCUAGGACAAGUAAUAAUGCUGUCAAGCCAAAUGCAGUUUUGGAUGAACCAGUGCAUUAUUCUAUCGAUUUGCACAAUCCAUUACAUGUUCCGCUACCACUGUCAGAUGUGACUCUGUUAUGGUCAUUUACUUGCAAUAAUGAAACUGUCACAAACGAAAUGAAAACGAUUGACAGUUCGAUUGAUUCGAAUGUCAUAGACACGAUCUUGCUGCAACCGGCAUGUAAACACAAUAUUGUGUUGUCUCUUACGCCCAGACGAGUGGGCGAACUGAAGGUUUUAGGUAUAAGUUACAAAUUGUCCAAUCCGAUCCAGACGACAAGCGAUUCAUUAAUUGCAAAUUCAACCACCAUUAUUGCCGGUAAGAGAUUAUUUGAGAUUACGCCGCCCAAAUUAAAAAACGUCAAAGAGAAACCUGGCAUGAAUAUCUACGGGAAGGAUUACAGACUGGAAAUGAAUGUGAUAGAAAAGGCGGCGUUUAUGCAGAUACUCUUUAGUAAAUUGUCACCCGAAAUGCUGUGCGGUGAAAUACAGAGGGUAGAAGUUACUUUAAAAAAUAUAGGUAACGCACCGUUGACGAACAUAUACAUUGCAUCUACCGAUGCCAAACUUUUCACUUUAGGAAAUAUGGAAGACGAUAGAUUUGGAAGCGAAGAUUCCAUUACAAAGAAGAGUAGUAGGUCAGUCACAAAGGUGAUAUUACCGAUCUCGAAGAAUGGUGUACUAAAUGUAGGCGAAACUCACAAAAUGCCACUUUGGGUACAGGCACCACACGAGAAGGGCACUCACAAACUAGAUCUGCUUUUCUAUUACGAAAGUGUCGAAUCAAAAACUGCAUUGAAACACCGUUUAUGCCGACAUACUUGGCAAUUAACAGUGUUAGAUUCAAUACAGAUUACCGCGGUUGCUGCUAGAAGUGGAUUGUUCAAGGACGACUCACCUACGUUAAAUCUAAUCAUGUCUGUUAAAAAUACCAAUCAAGUUCACGAUCCAUCUAUAAAUGAAAUUAUCCUGUCCGAAGUGUCGUUUCAAAGCGUCAUCUGGUCUGCAUUUCAUUCCUCGGUUUUGCCGCCAAGCAUAAAGGUGCAACCUCAGGAAGUAUUCCAUUUGAUGUUAAAACUGAGGAAGAAGAAAACCGACAGCAGAUCGACCAUUUCCGACGUGUCCUUGACUUCUAACGAAGACGACAAAACGUUGCUCAACAGUUAUCCGUUCAUCAAUUUUGUACAGAGGCGGCACAUUCAACCACUGGAUGUGAAUGAAAGUUUGAAUGAUGCGCAGCAAUUUCAAUCGCAGCAGACUGUCGAGCGCGGCUCCGUGUCGGAUAUCUUCGCAUUGAAUUCCACACUGAUCGUUAAGUGGUGUGCCAACGUGACGGAAAGCGGCGUGAUCACCCGGAAGGCGGUCGGACAACAUCAUUUCGAGCUCGAGCAUUUGAACAAGACGUACAAACACCCGAAGGAACCGCGUACCGAACGCAGCGAGUACGGCGCUCGCUUAAAAGUUUUCGGGCCGGACCGGAAUGUGUCGAGUGCAGUUAGUGUUCCUCUCAAGGAUCCCGUGUGGGAAGCAGAAUAUCUGAAAAGUCUAAUCUCUUUCUCUCUCAGCCAUCACCGACAAAUUACACACGAUUUUCGACAAAGCCGAUUGUGCAUCGUUCCCGUGACGAUGUAUUUACAAAAUCACUCGGAAAUGCGAGUCGACGUUAAAAUAAGUACGAUAGGUACUAGUAGUGAAACUCAUCUUCCGAAUAUUAAGUCACAGCUUUACUCUCCGCAAGCUUCGACGUAUUACAAAUACGCGGGCCACUCGUCAAUUUAUUCCAAUGUUGAAGCGCACGCGAGUAAUAUUAUCAAAUUACUCGCCGUAUUGCCUGGCACUGGAACGUACGACUUAGCGGCACGAAUUGAAAUCUCUAUUAAAGUUGUAAAUAGCGAGGAGUACAUCCCUCAGAAAGGCAAAAUGGAGAGUAUAUGCGUAAUUAAUGAGGGCAGUACGUAGAUUAUACCUGUCGCGAUUAGAGUCACUAUGGAAUAUGGAAGUACUAUUUUUAGCGUAAUUCACAGAAUCAUUCCUUGUCAGCAUAUGUACAUACGUGGUAUGUUGAAAAUUGUUACAUUAUACUAUAAUUGAUAUUUUAAUAAUGUCAACGUAUUUUUUACCUGAUACACGUUUCAUCGUCGGUCGCUUUACACGGUAAUUCUCGUGUACUCCGUUGGGUAAAAGGAGACGCGCGUGAAUCAAAAUUUUUCAUUUUCAGAAUCGACUUUGUUCGAUCGGUUUAAUGAAUGUAGUUAUCUAAUUUUUUUACGACCUAUUAGUCUCAAGCUACCUCACGACAAAUUUAUGAAAUAGUCGAACCCGCGACAGAAAUUUUAAACAGCUUUUCUCUGCCGCAUCAGGAUAAAUCGGGAACGACUGCAUGUCUUCAACUGCCAAACAAACAAUACACGUUACCUUUUAUUAAGACAUAUGUAUAAAGCAUGUUUAUAGUUAUCCGUUACUUUCACGCUAUCUUUAUCAGUGAAAGAAAUUUUUUUUCUUUACACAAAAAUGGAUUCUCUUCAAAUCUCGGGGGAUAUAAAUUAAAAGUCAUUUUUCUCAUUGCAUAAAAAGGAGUAAAAGAUACCACUCUUGUUUUUCUAUGUAAAUUUAAUAUUUAUGUAUAUUUAGCGAUUGAUGUGAUUGUUUACGUGACAGCGUAAAGAAUAGAGAUUAGAUUUUUCAAACACAUUUCAUGAAUACAUGAAACGUGAAUAUGGAUUGGGAUUUUUUGAAGUGUUUGGAAGGAUUCAAAAGAACAAAUAAGGAAUACUUGAGGUUUUUUAGAUAAUAACUUGUAUCUUUUGUACAGUAUGUCAGAAAGAAAUAAGAAAUGUAAUAAGUCAAUUUUCAUAAACGACUAAAGAAUUAUAGAUUAUAAUACAAUGUUAGAAAAGGGUUUUGUAUAUCUUCUCGUAAUUCACGAGUCAAGUAAAUAUUAGGCAGAGUUAUUUUCCUUUAAUGAUUGUAAUGGCGUUUGUAACAUACUAUCUUUCUAUGACGAAUUAAAUCUUUUUUUAAACUUCCCAUUAA